AUUUGUUACUACCUACCUAGUAGUAUUGCUAUCACCACAUUACUAACUGGUCUCUCCAUCUCUCAUCCUACAGCAAUCUAUACCAUGAUACCAUAAUACAUAAUACCAUGAAACAACAAACGGGAACGGAUUAUCAAUCCAUACAUGCUCCGGGAAGAUCAAAUUUCUCCUCAUCUUCUCCACGUAAAUACUCAUUUCAUCUCCAUUCCUGCGCCAUAACAGAACUCCAGGCUGAUGAAUUCUAGAUCGUAUGCCCACAGUUUCCGCCGCUCAAGCCUUGCAAGAAUUGGAAACAUCAUCAACGCGAUGCAUAUCUACCGGUUUGACCGGUUUGGAUUUAGCACUUCAAAAUAAUGAUCCAUUGCAAGUAUCUACAAGUGCGGAUCAAAGUCAUGGUGGCAUAUCAAGAGGACAGCUGACAGAAAUUUAUGGCCCACCUGGCGUUGGCAAAACCGCUCUGGGGUAAUGCACUAUACUCCAACUUUUGAGUAAUCGCUCUUGUGGUGCUGAUUACAUGUAGUAUGCAUUUGGCCGCCAGGGUUUUACAUCAAAAUGAAGACGUGGUAUGGGUAGGUAAGUUGAUUUUGCUUUGUCUUACAUGGUCAAACUGUUAUUUCCCUUACGAUAACUCAUUUGAUUUAUCGCCCCAUCUCCAAUACUGAGAUCUUUCAUGCAUCAUUGGCCAUCAGAUUUCUUCAGAAUGUUCUUCACUAACACCUCCAGACGCAUCACAUCCAAUCUCCGGUCCUAGAUUCAGUCAAAUCUUACAAACAUUUUCAUCUUCAGAACCUUCCACUUUUCAUGGACUUCUCAAAAAAUUUCAUCAUUUUUCAACACCAACUCUAUCUCAUCUCCUUGCCCUGCUUACUCACACCACAUCAAACUUCCCUCCACAAAACACUAGUCUGAUUGUUGUCGAUUCAUUCUCUACUCUAAUUGACAGUGCAUUUCCUCGCAAUGUUGACUCUACAUCUACUCCUAAGAGGCAGGGAGGUAUGUUGCGAUUGAAAGCGCUUCUGCUUCUAUCACCUGCACGUCACAUUACCUACAACUACCGAGACUAACUCCAUCAGCGCUCAACUCUGCCUCCCGCAAAUUCCCCCUUCUUCAAUAUCUCAUCAAUGCACUCCAAAAACUCGCCACCACUCACAAUAUCGCCAUCAUAGUCCUCAAUCAAUGUGUAACCAAGAUGCGACCUGGUCUUGGCGCGGCCCUUAUACCAGCUAUCUCAGCCACUGCAUGGGAACAAGGCCUUGGAUGCCGAUUAGCUUUGUUCAGAGACUGGGGGUGGAAUGAUGAUGAAGGGAAUAAAGUGAAUGGUGUACGAUUUGCACAAGUCAUCAGAGCAGAGGGUGUAACACUAUCUGAGGGAAGAGGUAAACUUGCUGCAUUUAUUAUUGGAGAGGUAAGUUCUUCGGCUUGUUCAAGACAUAAAUUUCUAUCCGGAAGACUAACAUGGCGCUUCCAAAGCUCGGUCUCUCCUCAGUCACCAUUCCCUCAUCACCAACAGUCGCAUCACCUUCCAGAGGUCGCUCUUCACUCCCGAAGCCUCAAGCCACCAUCGCCAUAGCUCCGCAAAAACGCAAAAGAGCGGAAUUCGAGAUACCGGAUAGUGAUGAGGAAGAUGACGAAGAUUAUGGGUGGGCAGAGGAAGGUGAAGAAUUACCGCCAAUGCCUCCUCAAUGGCAAGGCAGCGAAGACAUAUUGGUGCCACCGCCAGGAGAGUUGGAAGCUGAUGAUGCUGAGGAGGAGAAUGACGAUGUUGUAGAAGGUACCGAUUAUGGAGACACUAAUUGCGAGGACUUUCUUCCGGGGGAAAAUAAUACAGGACCAUACGAGAAAGAGCUAGAGCGAGACAUUCCAGAUAGUGAAGAUGAACUGGCCCUUUAAAUACAAUCUAAUUUCAGCAUGAUGUCGUUUCUCAUAAUAGUUAUUAUCAUGGUGCAAAGGGUAAACGCAAUCGACGAAGCAAUGCUCUAUUUAGAAUACUGGCUAUCAAUCAACUCAUACAUGGACGAUAGGAGAAAAUCAAGCAUCCACAAUGAGAAACAUCUUCUGCUAGUGAU